AUGGCUCCCGAGGGUUCGGCCACCCUGUCCCCGCUUGCCUUCUGUGGAGUGCGCCGCACUCGGGAGUUUACCGUCGACUACGUCGUUCAGUCGGGACUGCGCCGCCCAAUCCGCUUUGCGCAUGCCAAGCCGCCGGGCCUUGUCGUUCCCGACUCAUCCUUCACGGUUGCAGAUGUCAGGGACCAAGUUGGCCAGCAACGCAUGGUGGAUGUGAUGGACGUACGCACCCAGGAAGGCCUUGCCAUGAGUCUAAAAGAAUGGGUGGACUACUACACUGAUGAACAACGCGAUACGCUGCUCAACGUCAUCAGCCUCGAGUUCUCCCGCAGCCGUCUUGAUCCAAGCAUCACAACCCCUGCCAUGGUGCGGAUGCUGGACUGGGUGGACACGGUCUGGCCGGCUGAUCUCAAAGCACAACAGCGGGACGACACCAAUCAAACGCGAACCAUGAAAUAUCCCAAGGCAAGUGGAUGGGUGCAAAAGUAUUGCCUGAUGAGCGUGGCGGGCUGCUAUACGGAUUUCCAUAUUGACUUUGGCGGAUCCUCGGUGUGGUAUCACAUCGUCAAGGGCGCCAAGGCCGGCGACACUUUUAUGAUUCCGACCGGCUGGAUCCACGGGGUGUACACACCCGAAGACUCGCUGGUCUUUGGCGGCAACUUUCUACAUAGCCUCAACAUCGAUGGCCAGCUGCAAAUUGCUGCCAUGGAGCGACGAUUAAAAGUGCCGCUUACCUACCGCUUUCCAUUCUUCGAAGAACUGAUGUGGUAUGCUGCUGACCGCUACGUGCGUGUGUUUGCGGCGGCCACGCACCAAGCGCCCGUACACCAGAACCCCCUGCCUCUCCGCUCCAACCUCACCUCUUGGGAGCUGAUGGGUUUGAACGAGCUCCUUGCCAACCUACGCGUUUGGAUCGCAUCCCCAGCGCACCGUGCCUACAUUCCACGGCGGUUAAAGAACCCGUCCAGUCUGAUUGAUAGCCUGCAGAAAUUGCUCCAAUCAAACCCAACGGCAGGGCCAGGACAUCGCCGCCGGGUGGUCGAAAGCAGCGACGAGGAAGAGGACGAGGAACCUUCGAAAGAGAAAGUGAAAGAGAAGGAGCUCAAACUGUCCGGAUCUGCGGGACAUGCCCGUCAAGGAACUUUGCAGCCCGAGCUGUCACCAGCGGCCCCAUCGACGACAUCGUUUGAUAGGGCACAUGUGCGCGCGGCCGAGACAACUGGAGACCAGCCUGACCUUGACGCCCAAGACACUCGUCGCUACUGUCAAAUCAAAGCUGUGCGAGAGGCGCUCCAGCGCCAACAUGGGGCUGCCAGCUCUGCAGAACUCGAUCGACUGGCGGAAUUGGAGUGGCUCAACAUGGACGUUCGCUCGAGACGUGCCUAUCGUGAACUGUUUGAAGAUUCACUGGCCUACGCUGCCGCCGUCUCCGGCGAAAUGGGUUCUGGCACGCAGGAAGAGCUGAUGCAGGCUUCCACCCGCUCACGCAAGUACGAAGGGGCGCGGUGGCGCUCCUCCAAGACUCACUUUCAGCGCGCGCAGGCCCUACAAGCGAUGCGGCGUGUGCCGUACAGCGAGGAGGCAGAGGAUGUCAAGGAGCGACGUUUGGAGGCCGCGAAGGCUCUGUUUGCAACACCAUUUGGAGGCGCAGCGAAAAGUGCUUCAAAAGGAUCCCUGUCCUCGACCAAGGCUGAACCCUCAAUCAUUGUUCAGCCAUCACGAACCAAAUCAGAGGCGCAACCACCUCGCUCGGCUCUUGCGGCUUUGUUGGCCCAUGUGAGCUCAAAGUCAUCGGCGUCGCACAGCAAAGCAGCUUCGGUUGCACCCACAACCGUGUCAGAGCCAGCCAAGCGCCAAGAGGCAGCGGCCAUGGCAUCAGGGGUCCCCCCGACUAAGAAAUCGCUAUCGGUGACACCAUCAUCUUCUGGAUUCACCUCUCGGACCGUACUGGAGGAAGAGGAGAAUGCUUGCUCCCCGCCAAGGCCAGCUGAUUUGAGUGCCUCGCCCCGUCUGGCCGCGCUUGAAGCUAUCUGGUGGGACAGCGGGGAUGAAAAUUCGCGUGAUAGUGUAUCCUUUACAGAGGUGCAGCAGCCCUUGCAGCACACCAGCAUUGGUUCUGCCCGACCUUGGCCGGCCGGCUCUUGGGAUGCUCUUUUGGCUUCGCAUGCAUCUUUGGCCGCGGUGGACGACAUUCUCGCGCGAGCACAGGCGGUUUUUGAUGAAACGGCCUUGACCUCGCGGGCAACAUAUCAGUAUGGUCCAACAUAUCGCUAG